AUAAGCACACAAGUCAUCAAAUCCACACUAUCUGAAGAGAGUACAGUUGAGAGUUGACCGUGAAGAGAAGAACCAUGGUUAAAGUUAGUCGUGCUGUUUUGGGAUUAUUUGUGACCAUUGGGUUCCACAUAGCAGAUGGAAGCUUUUCCAAUCUUCACCAAAAAGUAGGAGAAAACAUCAGUCUGCCGUGUAACAAUGUGGUUUUACCAGGCUGCUCCUCUACUACAUGGAUCUCCAAUAGCAUUGAGCUGGUUGGUCAUGGAGUUAUAAAAAAAGACUCAGACAGAGCAAAGAGACUGAGUCUGGGGUCCGACUGUUCUCUGAUGGUUCUUAAUGUUACAACUGGGGAUUCUGGACGCUACACCUGUCGACAAUAUCCCACAAAGGGAGGGGGUCAAGACGGGGAAGAUGCAUGUGUAAAUCUCUCUGUUGAAACCAAUGAAAUCACUACCUCUGCAUCCACCAUUUCCCCAAACAUGAAGGGUCUCACAACACCCCUCUCCACCACUUCAACACCUCCAUUUACUGUGGGUGGAGCAGUAGGUGCAGCACUGGGUGGAGCCAUUGGUGCAGUCCUGCUCUGCCUCCUGGCUGUCAUCAUCAUAGUUCACAAGAACAGAGCCAAGAACCAAAAGCCAAACAAUGACUCUCUUGCUCUGACUACAGACAUUGUUAGUAACACCACAGGGAAUCAGCAAACCCUUCCUACUAAUGAGGACAAGAUGGACGUGACGAUGGCCCCACCUAUGCCACCAUCAACCACCCCAGCCAAAACAAGGCUGCUCCAAAACCAGAUGUAA